AUGGGAUGGGAUGGGAUGGGAUGGGGAUCGCGGCGGUGAAGACUGACUAACGGUUGACCUCGGCCAUCAGUGGAGACAUCGUGCCCGCUGCAGUGUGUUUAUAUGUACGCCAUCACGAAUCAAGCCCUUGAUUGGCUGCAAAGCCGGAUGCACGCCAAGGUCCCCACAUUCUUGCCUUGAUAUGUAUCCGCGCGGGUUGCCGCUACAUACUACCGCUUGAUCAUGGCUUCCCCGCACUAGGCACUCGACAAAGUCACCCCGCGCAUCGAUAAUAUGAAUAGACUCUCAAACGAUCUCCUGCUCGACAUCAUGGAUUUACUUGACCCGCCUCGUCGAUUCGCCUCCAUCAAGGACGUCGCACACGGCCCGCCAGCACUCAAGAGUUUCUCCCUCUGUUCUCGACGCCUCCAUGCCCUCUGUCGUCGUAAACUCUACAGCUCUAUCCGCCUCUUCCUCCGCCAGGGCGCCGCCUCGCGCUUGAUUGAUCAUGUUGUCAAUGCUCUCUCAUCGCAGGGCAUCAUUCCCGACCGAAUGGCGAUCUGUUUCGGCAGAGACUGGAACGAAGGCGGAGUGGCAAUGGAGCUCAGGAAGCUACUCUGCGAGCUCCAGGUGAAGUCACUCUCGCUGCACCAGUCGUGCUGUAAUGAGAGCAUAGCGGAGGAGCACGAUGAUUGGCCUUACGCGCUCGAGCAUAUCUCGUCUCUGCGAAUCGAGAUGCAGAAUGGAAGCGGGAAUAUUGAGAUGCUACUGCGCCCAAAAUGUUCGGCUCGGUACCUCGAAAUCGACGACCUUUCCGGGAACCCCGAAACCGACGACUUUUCAAGGUACGCCCGACCGGUUGCGCCCAAAUUGCUGGGAGCCGCUGUGCUGAAUCCGGCCAUGUUUCCACACCUCGAGCGGAUGAGCUACAUCGUUUCGCCGCGGCCCAAUUGUCACCUGCAUCCAAUGCACUUCGUGGACCGCUUACCGCUACUACAUAGGUUAGUAUUGGAAAUCGAGCUGACCAGGCAUAAGCGUGAGUGCGUCUCUGGGAGGGAAUGGACCUACAUGGGGAUUCGGAAGGCGUAUGAUGGGUUUGCACGAGAGGCGGACUUCAUGGAAGGGCCAGCGAUGUUGGUGAUUAGGGACGUCGGAGGAUGGUGGGAUGAUGACUGGUCCUGGCCGUCGACGUCUAUGGUGGAGACAGACACUCGGGUGUAUAGGAAGAUUAACCCGGCAUGUGAUGGGAAGCAACCGUAUCUGCCAAUUGGGGAUGAGAAGUAGAUUCGCAAACAGAGCCUUUGUAGUAUGGAGGG